GCCCCUCGCCAUUCUCGUCUUGCACUUAGAAUCGAUGGCCAGCCCGAAAAUGGCGUCUCCGUUCAUGUUGUGAGCAAGCCCCCUUGCAUGUUGGACGUUUUCACUUUCAUGUGGUCCCAGUGCUAACAGUGGCCGGAUCGGACCAAGAGCAGAGCAGCGACGUCGCGCGGAUGCGAUUGAACGGAAUACGCCUCGCCUCCGCUUAGAACCGAGUCCCGACAUCGAACCAAAAUGAACGCCUGGAACACGAGGUCGGAUCAGCUUCCUCCGCAAUGCCCCAACGAUAGCAGGACAAGUGAGCAGAGCAUAGCGUCUGCCAGAGCAUCUGUGAUGGUCUAUGAUGACACAACCAAAAAAUGGAUACCUUCAGGAACUACUUCAGGGCUUUCAAAAGUGCAUAUAUUCCAAAAUCAAGCCAACAACACAUUCAGAGUUGUUGCAAGGAAGCUUAAUGACCAUGAGGUUGUGAUAAACUGCGUUAUACUUAAAGGAUUAAAAUACAACCAAGCCACUCCCACGUUUCACCAAUGGAGGGACAACAAGCAAGUUUAUGGCCUUAAUUUUAGUUGUAGAGAAGAUGCUGAUGCAUUUGCACGAGCAAUGACCUACGUAUUAGAUGUUUUAAACAGCAAUUCUUUACCGCGACCUCCACCUCAGGCAAUGACACAGCAGCCUCAGUCUCACUACCAGCAGGCGAAUGGGCAAUACGAUGAGGAUAUGGGCUACAGUAGUCAGAUGAUUCAGUGGCCUAAUAUUUAUCACCAAGUAUCAACGGGAGGACCCACUCGGAUAGACCUGAGCCCAAUUUCACAUUCAAGAACAAUGACAAGGGAAGAUGUAGCAAACAUACAAGAGAGGAGGAUGUCACAACAGUCCCAGAUAUCAAACAACGGGAAUGCUUGUUCACCUUCAGGUGUCCCAGUCCCGCCAACACCGCCUGGCCACCACAGAACCUCUUCAGCUCCACCUGCACCUCAACCGCCGCCGAUGUCGUUAGCACCGCCGCCACCUCCCGCACCGCCCAGUGCCCCUCCUUGUCCUCCGAUGGGACCCCCACCACCGGGGAUGCCACCCGCAGUUGUGCCGGCAGGCGCUGCACCGCCACCGCCUCCUCCACCACCACAGCCCAACAUGUCCAGGUCGUCGAGCAACGAUGGCCAGGACAGUUCUUCCCUUGCCGCUCAAUUGCAAAGUGCCAGACUUAGAAGAUCAAACAAGCAAUCUGCUGAGAACAGUGGCUCAAGCACAUCAAGUAGCGGUAGCAAUUAUGGGACUCUUGGUAGAGGUGGAUCGGGAAUGGCGAGCAUGAUGGACGAAAUGGCCAAGACGCUCGCCAGAAGGAGGGCUGCUGCGGAAAAGAAAGAAGUCGAACCCAGCCCACAGGAGCCUGAUUAUGGAACAGCCGAGAGAAAAACCUGGGGAAGUGGUAAUAAACUCGGCAACGGCUGUGAAGCAUCUCCGAAACCGUCGAGAAGAGCAUUGGCUUCGAGUGAAGAGUCCCUCCCAAAAGUGAACGGAGACGCCGGUUUGUCUGAACUGGAAGCCAUAAAGCAAGAUAUCUUAAGAGAAAUGAGGAGGGAAAUAAACAAAAUGAAAUCAGAUAUCAUUGAAGCCAUUAAGACUGAGUUGAACAGGAGGUAAUGGACUAAUUAAAAACAAAACCUAUGAAACAAGACCACAAAUCAACCACAGACUGAUUUAAACUCUAAAAUGCUUACAACUGUCAAGAGUUUCAGACAGUUAUUUCUUUGGAGAAGAAAGGAGAGCCUAUACCGAGGAAAGACUUUUUAUAUUUUAUUAACGAUUAAUUUAUUUGAACAUGGAACAAAUUUUAAUCAAAGCGCAACAAAAUGAAAUCGCUUUUAUGUAAUUGGCUCGAACAGCAUGUAUUAAAAAAUUAUUACCUCCCCUCAGUUCAUUUAGUAAUUUUUAUAGUCAUCAAAAAGUCAGAUUUCUCAACUUUCCUCAUUCACUACCACCUAUCACUGCCUACUACUGAUUUUAAAAAAGGCCGAGAGUGAUUUUUCAUUAUAAAUACAUUUUAUACGGUUUGCUCUAACAUCUGUGUGGCUUUUAAGAUAUAAAUAAUCCCAUUGUAUUUUAUUUAAUAUUCAUGAACAAAAUUCUUAUAUUUAUAAAUCGACCAUUAGAUCAGUUUUAAAACCGUUUACUGAACCUUUGUAAUUUCUUUUUAGCUUGAUUUCUAUAUGAUUUAUUCACGAUUAUAUCUAAUUUUCUUACCAAAUUUUAAUUAGUAAAAAAUUCGUUUUUUGUUUUUUUGUAUAAUCAGUUUGAUGUUUCAUUUUUUUCUAUUUAAACGGUUAAUAAUAAAAAGAAUGCAUUAUUAUUAAAGAUCGUUAUGUUCAUAUCAAAGAUUGGUAAUUAAGACAUGCAUUGUAAAUAGCUAGAUAAAAAAAUGUUAACUUGGUAAAUUAAUUUUUAGCUGAUGUUGGAAGUAUAUAUGCAAACAAAUAUAUGAGCAUACAUGUUGUGUAGUUUAUUCUCUCUAUGUGGCCAUUUAUAUGAGAAGUUGGAUAAAUAUUUAAUACAAGCAAGCUCAAAACAAUAUAACGUAUUUUAAAUUUAAGUAAGAAAUAUUUCUUAAUCGGUAAAAUGAUGCGCAAUUUAAAAAUGAUUUUUGUAGAUUUUUAAUUAUAUAAACAGAAUAGUUCAGUCUUUUAUACUGCAAAAGCUACAUACGUGUGUAAAUAUUUUGAGACUGGUUGGAACAGUUAAAUAAAAAUUAAGCGAAUUAUCUGUUUGUUUCCACAAAUUUCCCUUGUCAAAAAAUAUAAAAGUCUUAAUAGAAUAUGUUUUAUCCAACUUUGACCAUCAUUGAGCUGUGUGAUAUAAGUACAAUUUUAAACAAAUUUAAUGUUAAAUUGAAAUAAUUCAGCUGUUAGAAUUGUAAAUAUCACAGGGCAUCUGGUCUCUAACUGAUUUCUUCUUUUAUCGAGAUCCACAUAUUGUUUUUGUUUUAUUCCAGCCUUCUCUUCUAUUGCAUUUUUUAAUAUCAAGACAACCUCAAUUUCCAAGUAUACAGGAGUAAAAGAUUCUUAAAUAUUCAUGGGUAUUUCAUCUUUGGUAGAUCCAUUGUACCAAUAAUUUUAGAUCGAUUGAAAUAUGUUUCAUGUUUAUUCCUUUACCAAUAUCAGAUUAUACACACAGUAUAUUGCUGUUGGUUGGUCUUGUAAAAUGUCGAAAUGUUUGCGUAUUCAUUUUUAAUUAUUUUCUUUUGAAACUUAGCAUUUAAGUUGACUUU